UUUGGCUGCUCGUUUAGGCGGUGAAGAGAUCGUGGAUUGGCCGGAAAUUGGUGUUUGCGGUGGACAGAGAGCAUGGAGAUACGGCUAGAUUGGCUACUAAGGGCGGCGUGGGUCGCCGGAACUCUUCCUAUACUUAUCGCCUCUCUCCCCUUUUCCUUUGUUAAUUCAUUCCAUGGCUUUUUGCUUGAAUUUUCCAGCAGAGGCAAGACUCAGCAAUCGUCUUCCCAUAAGUUCACUGUUCCUCAGCGUUUCUUCCUCCACUUUUACGUUGUGGGUGUGGUAUGGACAACCUUCUUGAUGCUGGCAACUUGGUGCUAUGCGUACAAAAUGGCGCCGCUGGGUGUGGCGGCGUUGAGUUUUUCUGUAGCUGCUAGUCACUUGACCGGCAGUUCACAUGUCUUUUCCUUGCACAAGUCGCGUGUUGCCGAUGCUCAGGACAGAUUCGAAGUUUGGAAAUCGGCAUUCUUGCUUUUUUGUAUGGAAAUACAUGUUCUUAGGCGCCUCUACGAGACCCUUUAUGUUUUUAAAUACAGCUCUUCCGCUCGAAUGCACAUUUUCGGAUAUUUGACUGGCCUUUAUUUCUAUGUAGCAGCACCUCUGUCACUUUGCUCCUUUUGUGCAUUUGAGGUUCUUAACUUUGCAGCGGAUCAAGUGGCUGAGUUUAAUGUUAAAGGUCCUGAGAUGCUAUCUGUUACAGAGGUUGAUCUGUGGAGGUAUGCUAUGCCUGUGGCAAAUCUUGGAUGGUGGCAGUGGGUUGGGGCUGCUAUUUUUGCUUGGGGGUGGAUUCAUCAAUGCCGUUGUCAUGCAAUUCUUGGAUCAAUACGAGAACACAGAGAUCAGAGUGAUAAGUAUGUAAUUCCUUCUGGUGAUUGGUUUGACAUGGUAUCAAGUCCACACUACUUAGCUGAGAUGGUAAUAUAUGCAGGUCUAUUGAUUGCAAGUGAGGGCACUGACUUCACCAUAUGGCUACUUCUGGCAUUCGUGGUGGCUAAUCUUGCAUUCGCGGCCGCAGAAACUCAGAGAUGGUACCUCAAGAAAUUUGAAGACUAUCCACAUAACCGGCGAAUUCUUCUUCCUGUCCUUUAUUAGUGACUGUAUCUACAUGCCCUUUUACCCAUAUAGUCCACAAAGACACAAUUUUUUAAUAGAGGCUGAAAAUCAGUUAGAAAGCAAAUGUUGUGUCACUGUGUGUAAUGUCCUUCUGUUUGAGAUAUAGGUUGCUCAAAAUGUACAAAAUUGGGAUAUAAAAGUGUAGCCUGGGCCUUGGGGGUUUAUGAUGGCUAUAGAGAUUUUCUAUUUAAGAGAGAACUGGGCCUGGG